UCCUAUCGUCAUAGUUGAUGAUCUACCGUAUGAUUUUAUUUAGGAUCUUUCGCAGUAGAUUUUAAGCAUCUAGACUCUAAGUCGACUAAAUGAAUAUAUCGUAUACUUUAGAUUUACAUACUUAACCGCAGAGUUAUGUGUCAAUAAUAUUUUUUCUUAAUUUUUUUUUUAAUAGUGAUUAAUGUUUAAAAACACGUUAUUUAUUUGUUAUUUAUUAAUAAACAUUUCUUUCAAGUAUUGAAUUUUACACUAGUAAAGUUUGUGCUUUGAAUUUUUAAAGAAAAGUCCAUCAUUUAUAUGGGGUUAUACGCCGCGACUGCACAGCACGUGGCGUCCACAUUCAAAUACUAAACGAAUACCAUUACUAUAUUACAUAAGUAAUUAAUUAACUAUUCAUUGAAGCCUCAAGCCCUAGCUAGACGUAAUUAUGGUAGCUGAAGGCAAUAUGCCAGCAAGAUUUCCAGAGGCAGGUCAACAAGCCAAUAAUGUUACUGUUAAUGGUAACUCACCAUAUUCCUCACACCACCUUGGUGACGAUGAAAUAGUUAUUAGUGGUAUUUCUGGGCGUCUCCCAGAGUCUAGUUCUAUUGCUGAGUUCAAGGAACAGCUUUUUGCUGGUGUUGACUUGGUCACUGAUGACGAAAGACGUUGGCCAGCAGGUUUACACGGUUUACCCACAAGAACUGGAAAAUUAAAAGAUCUAGCUCAUUUCGAUGCAAAUUUUUUUGGUGUACAUGCCAAACAAGCUGAUGUAAUGGACCCUCAACUUAGAUUAAUGUUGGAAUGUACUUAUGAAAGUAUAGUAGAUGCAGGAAUAAAUCCAGAUGUUAUUCGUGGUUCAAAAACUGGUGUAUUCAUUGGAGCUUCUAACAGUGAAACUGAUGACUAUCUUAGUAGAGUUCCAGAACGAGUCAAUGGCUAUGGAUUGACUGGUUGUUGCCGAGCUAUGUUCCCUAAUAGAAUUUCUUAUACAUUUGACUUUAAUGGACCCAGUUAUGCAAUAGAUACAGCCUGUUCCAGUAGUUUAUUUGCACUUUCACAAGCUGUUCAUGCUAUGAAAAGUGGGCAGUGUGAUUCUGCUAUUGUUGGUGGUGUCAAUUUAUUAUUAAAACCUACCAAUUCAUUACAGUUCCACAAACUGAGUAUGUUGUCACCACAAGGAAUGUGUAAAGCUUUUGAUGUGUCUGGUAAUGGAUAUGUUAGAAGUGAAGCAGUUGUUAUUGUAUUUUUACAAAAAGCUAGUAUAGCCAAACGUAGUUAUGCUACAAUAAUGGGAGCACUUACUAAUACAGAUGGUUUUAAAGAUCAAGGAAUCACAUUCCCUAGUGGAUCAAUGCAAAAUAAACUCAUUCAGGAAGUUUAUGCAAAAUGUGGUGUAAAUCCAUGUGAUGUCUCUUAUGUUGAAGCUCAUGGUACAGGAACAAAAGUGGGUGAUCCCCAAGAAGUAAACUCUAUUGCUGAUUUCUUCACAAAAGGCCGUUCUUCUCCAUUAUUAAUUGGAUCUGUUAAAUCAAACAUGGGUCACUCUGAGCCUGCUUCUGGUCUUUGUUCAUUAGCUAAAAUUGUCAUUGCCAUGGAGGCAGGCAAAAUUCCAGGAAAUUUGCAUUUUGCCAAUCCAAACCCUGAUAUCCCAGCAUUAUUAGAUGGAAGAUUACAAGUUGUAAACGAGAACUGGGAAUUUAAUGGUGGUUAUAUUGCUUUAAAUUCCUUUGGUUUUGGUGGAGCUAAUGCUCAUGUUUUAUUAAAAUCAAAUCCUAAACCAAAAACUGCACCCAUUCAAAAUAACGUACCUAGAUUAGUAACAGUUUCAGGAAGAACCCUAGAUGCUGUUAAUAAUAUGUUGACCAAUAUUUCCAAUACACCUUUGGAUGAUGACUUUAUUGCACUGAUCCAUGACAUUCACUCAAAUAAUAUUAAUGGACAUGGAUUUAGAGGAUAUUCUGUUUUAGGAAAAUCUAUUACUGAAGUAGCUGAAGUAACAUCUAAUAAAAGACCAAUAUGGUUUAUUUUCUCUGGAAUGGGAAGUCAGUGGGCUGGUAUGGCUGAAGGUCUGUUACAAUUGGAACCAUUUUCAAAAGCUAUUAAUAGAGCAGCUGCAGUUCUUCAAGUUGAAGGUCUUGAUUUAUUAAGCAUCAUUAAUUCUAAAGAUGAAAAAACAUUUGACAAUGUUUUGAACUCAUUUGUAUCAAUUACAUCAAUGCAGGUUGCUUUAGUUGACUUAUUAAAAUCAAUUGGUAUUGAACCUGACGGUGUUGUUGGUCAUUCUGUGGGUGAACUUGGUUGUGCUUAUGCUGAUGGUACUUUUAAUGCAGAUCAAGCAGUUUUAGCUGCAUAUUGGAGAGGUCGUAGUAUUUUAGAAUCUAAAUUAUCUACUGGAUCUAUGGCUGCUAUUGGUUUAUCAUGGGAAGAAACCAAAAAGAGGUUACCUGGAGAUUUAGUUGCUGCUUGCCAUAACAGUGAAGACAGUGUUACUGUGUCAGGUCCUCCUGACAGUCUUAGUGCGUUUGUGAAAGUUUUACAAACGGAAGGAAUUUUUGCUAAAGAAGUUAAAAGUUCUGGAUUUGCUUUCCACUCUAAAUAUAUUGCAGAUGCUGCUCCAAAAUUACGUAGCAAUUUAGAAAGGAUUAUACCAAAUCCAAAACCACGAACAAAACGAUGGAUAAGUUCUUCUAUUCCCGAAGAUAAAUGGAAUACCCCAUUAGCACAAAUGAGUUCUACUGCUUACCAUGUAAACAACUUGUUAGCUCCAGUUUUAUUCCAUGAAGCUAUUUCUCAUGUUCCAAAAGACUCUAUUGUAGUAGAAAUCGCACCACACGCAUUACUUCAAGCAAUCCUUAAAAGAGCUUUAGGACCAGAAUGUUCUUGCAUUGGCUUAACAAAACGUUCUACUAACCCUGAAGGAAACCUACCUCAUCUAUUAUCUGCUGUGGGAAAAUUGUAUAAUUCUGGAACUCAACCUAAAAUUCAAAAUCUGUAUCCAGCUGUAACUUAUCCUGUAGCUAGGGGUACUCCUAUGAUUCAGUCGAUGGUUGAAUGGGAUCAUUCUGUAGAAUGGACAGUAGCUAACUUUGCUCAAAAGGAUGCUGGAUCUGGUGAAUCUAUAAUCAAAAUUGACUUAGGUACUGAAGAAGAUCAAUAUUUGUCAGGACAUGUGAUAGAUGGUAGAGUUUUAUUCCCUGCAACUGGAUAUUUGACUCUUGUAUGGAAAACUUUUGCUAAACUAAAUGAUAAAAAUAUUGAAGAUUUCCCUGUUGUUAUUGAAAAUGCUCAAUUCUUACGUGCUACUAUAAUGCCUAAAGAUGGAACUGUCAAAUUCUUAAUCAACAUUUUUGAAGGAAAUGGUAAUUUUGAAAUUUGUGAAGGUGGUUCUGUAGCUGUAACUGGUCGUAUCUUUAUUCCGGAUGAUAUAGAAAUUGAGCAACUAGAACUACCUGAACCUUAUGUUGAAGAAAAUAGUUUACCUUUAAAAUCUGGAGAUAUUUACAAAGAGUUGGGCCUCCGUGGAUAUGAUUACAAAGGAAUGUUUAAAGGAGUGAAAGAAAGUGAUAAUAAAGGUGUCAGUGGAAAGUUGGAAUGGAUUGGAAACUGGAUUAGUUUUAUUGAUACUAUGCUCCAGUUCUCCAUUUUAGGUUUAAAAACAAAGGAAUUAUAUUUGCCAACUAGAAUGCAAAGAAUUAUAAUUGAUCCUAAAAAACAUUUAGAGUUUAUUGAAGCAUUACCAGAGAAUUCUACUGUUCCAGUACAUAUGUUUAGAGAUAUUGAUGUCAUUAAAUCUGGAGGUGUAGAAUUACGUGGAUUAAAAGCAAGUUUAGCUCCUAGGCGUCAGCAAUCACAAGCUGCUCCUAAACUAGAAAAAUACACUUUUGUUCCAUAUAUAUCUGAAAAAAUAACACCUCCAAUUGAUGUAUCAAGUGUUUUUUCUGCAUUCCUCCAAAUUGCUUUAGAAAAUAGUGCUGGUGCAAUGAAAUUAAAAAUAGUGGAGUUUGGAGCUGAUAAACCAUUUGAAAAUAUAUUCAUGCCAAAUAUAGUUAACAUAUUAGAAUCUGAACCAUUAAUUACAUUGGAUGCUACAUUAGUAACUACACAAUCACAAGCUUUAGCUCCAUUCUUAGGACCAAUGGAAGUAAAAAUGGUCAAUAAAUCAUUAGAAAAUGGUCCUAUUGAUACUAAUGCACAUGUUGUGAUUGCUUUUGAUACUAUAAAAUCUCCAUCUUUAGUUAAAAAUUUGGGUGAAUCUGUGAAAUCUGGCGGCUUUAUUAUUUUAUGUGAAUCAAAAAAAUUUUCGGAAAGUAUUAUUGAAAAUAGUGAACUUGUUUUGGUUAGCAAAUUAGCCGGUGAAGAUAAAAUGUUCUUUUUAUUAAGAAAGUUGAACGAAGAUUUACCUAUAACAGAAGUUAUUCAAAUUACUGAAAAGUCUUAUGAUUGGGUUGAGACCUUGAAAGCUGCUUUGAAAUCUGCUGAAGCAGAUCCUAAUAAAAAAUUCAUUUUAUAUGCUCAAGGAGAAGAUACUAAUGGAAUAAUUGGAUUAAUGAACUGUGUAAAACAAGAACCAGGUGGUCUAAGUUUUAAAUCAGUUUUUAUUCAAGAUCCUGCAGCACCUAAAUUUUCAUUGACUCAUCCUCUUUAUGUCGAACAAUUAAAUAAAGACCUACUUAGUAAUGUACUAAAGCCAAAUAGUGUUUGGGGUACUAUGAGGCAUUUAAAAUUGGAAAACCAACAAGAUAAACCAUCUUUACAAGUUGAACAUGCUUAUAUUAAUGCUUUGACUAGAGGAGAUUUAAGUAGCUUAAAAUGGAUUGAAGGUCCUUUAACGUACCAUAAGCCUGAAUCUGAUGCAAGUACAGAAUUAUGUACAGUCUAUUAUGCUCCACUUAACUUCCGUGAUAUUAUGUUAGCUUCUGGUAAACUUCCACCUGAUGCAUUACCAGGAGAUUUGGCUGGACAAGAUUGUAUACUGGGAUUAGAAUUUUCUGGGCGUGACAGUAAAGGUAGAAGAGUUAUGGGUAUGCUUGCUGCUAGAGGAUUGGCUACAACUGUUUUAGCUGAUCCUGGUUUCUUAUGGGUUGUGCCAGAUAAAUGGUCUUUGGAAGAAGCUUCAACUAUUCCAGUUGUUUAUGGAACUGCCUAUUAUGCACUUUGUGUAAGAGGACGUAUGAAGCCUGGAGACUCAUUGUUGGUCCAUGCUGGUACUGGUGGUGUUGGUCAAGCUGCAAUUUCGAUAGCUCUUCAUAUGGGUGUUACAGUGUAUACUACUGUUGGUAGUAAACAAAAACGAGAAUUUUUGAAGAAAACUUUCCCACGGUUGACUGAUAAAAAUAUUGCCAAUUCCCGUGACACUAGUUUUGAACAACAUGUUCUCAGAGAAACUAAAGGACGUGGAGUAGAUCUUGUUUUAAAUUCUUUAGCAGAAGAUAAACUUCAAGCCUCUGUUCGUUGUUUAGCUAAAGAUGGUCGUUUCCUUGAAAUUGGAAAACUUGAUUUAUCUAACAAUAGUCCACUUGGAAUGUCUAUUUUCUUAAAAAAUACUACAUUCCAUGGAAUUCUUUUGGAUUCUUUGUUUGAUGCAAAGUCUGAUAAUGAAGAUAAAAAAGAAGUUGUUAGAUUGCUCAAUGAAGGAAUGAUAAAUGGUGCUGUUAAACCACUUCCUGCUACUGUUUAUAGUGAGUCACAAGCUGAACAAGCAUUUAGGUUUAUUGGUUCUGGAAAACAUAUUGGAAAAGUUGUAUUAAAAAUCAGAGAUGAAGAAUCAACAUCUGUUAUGAAACCAACAACUAAACUUGUUACUGCUAUACCAAGAUCUUACAUGAACCCUGAUAAAACAUAUGUACUUGUUGGUGGUCUUGGAGGUUUUGGCUUAGAGUUAGCUAAUUGGUUAGUUAUUAGAGGUGCUAAAAAUCUUGUGCUUACUGCCCGAAGUGGAAUUACUACUGGAUAUCAAGCUUUGUGUGUAAGAAAUUGGACUGGAGCUGGUGUUAAAGUAUUGAUUUCUAAAGCUGAUUGUUCAACUGAAGAAGGAGCCCAGCAGCUGAUUGAUGAAAGUAACAAAUUAGGUCCUGUUGGAGGUGUAUUCAAUUUAGCUGCAGUUUUAAGAGAUGCAUUUUUGGAAAAUCAAACCCCUCAAGAUUUUGAAAUUGUUAGUAAACCAAAAGUCAUCGGUACUAAAAACUUAGAUGUAAUUACUAAAAAAUGUUGCCCAGAAUUAGAUCACUUCAUUGUGUUUUCAUCUGUAUCUUGUGGACGUGGUAAUGCUGGACAAACCAACUAUGGCUUUGCUAAUUCUGUCAUGGAAAGAAUUUGUGAAGCAAGACAAGAAGCUGGUCUUCCAGGAUUAGCUAUCCAAUGGGGAGCUAUUGGUGAUGUGGGUCUAAUUAUGGAUACAAUGGGUGGAAAUGAUACAGUUGUUGGUGGUACUUUACCUCAACGUAUGGCUUCAUGCUUAAAUGCUUUUGAUACUUUCUUACAACUACCACAUCCUGUUUUGGCAUCAAUGGUAUUAGCAGAAAAAAGAAAGGGUGGAUCUGGUGGUGCAAACCAAGUAAGCUUACUUGAUGCAGUCGCCAAUAUUCUUGGAAUAAAAGAUACCAAGAACAUCAAUACAUCCGCUACAUUAGCAGAUUUGGGUAUGGAUUCUUUAAUGGGUGCCGAAAUCAAACAAACAUUAGAGAGGAAUUAUGACUUAGUAUUAAGUGUUGGAGAAAUUAGAACUUUGACUGUUAAAAGAUUGCAAGAAUUACAAAGUAAUGACACUGAAAUUGUUACUGACACUAAUACAGUAACUGCCGGUAAUGAUCAGGUUCAAUUUGAUAAUAAUUUAGUUCCUCAUGAAACAGUAGUCAGCAUGAAAAAAGAUGAAAACACCAAACCUAACUUGUUUAUGUUUAGUGCCAUUGAAGGUUUUGUUUCAUCAUUAGAAGAAAUUGCUAAUAAAUUAUCAUUUAAUGUUUACGGACUUCAGUGUACUGAAGAUGUUCCUACAGAUUCCAUGACAUCUUUAGCUAAAUUCUUUAUUUCUAAAAUUAAAGAAAUUCAAAAAACUGGUCCUUAUAAUUUAGUUGGUUAUUCAUUUGGCGCUGCAGUGGCAUAUGAAACUGGUGUGAACCUUGAAGCGUUAGGUGAAAAAGUCAACCUUGUUCUCUUAGAUGGAUCACCUGUAUAUGUUUUAACUCAUCAAAAUGCUUUUAAAAACCGACAUUCUGAUAACAAAGUUGAUGACAGAGAUGCUUACACAUAUUUUGUAAUGUUAUUUAAAGAACUAGAUUAUCAAAAGGUGUUUGACCAAAUAUCAUCAAAAAAAACUCAAGAAGAUCAACUUGAUGAAGUAGUGAAUAUCCUAUCUGACUUACCAGUGAGUAAAGAAGAAUUGAAAACUGCUGCCAAACUUUUUCAUGGCAAGCUCUAUGUUUCAUUCUAUUAUAAACCUGAAAAAUUUAGUGGUAAUAUCACACUAGUAACAGCCAAAGAUAAUUUUGUUUCUCUAGGACCUGAUUAUGGACUGAAACCUUUAUGCAAAGGUACAGUCAAAGUUCAUUCUGUUUCUGGAGAUCAUAGACAAAUAGUGAAAGGUGAAUCGGCUAAUUCUAUAGCUCAAAUUAUUUCUUCCUCUCUUACUAAAUAACUAUAUCUGACUUAUAUAUAUGACAUUUUUAUGUUAAAAAAUUUGUAGAUUAAAAUUAAUUAACUAUUUUUAUACUUUCAUUUAAUUAUAUUAAAUUAUAAACCUCAUUUUUUUUUUUCAAUAAUGAGGGGUUUAAGUAAAAUAUAACUUUAUUAUAUUGUUGUAAUAUUUUUUUUUAAUUUUGUUGUGCUUGUGUAAUAUUGUAAAAUAUAUAUACGUGAAAAUUGUCCAUUGGCUUUAGCAAUUAUUAACAUACAAGAAUAAGAUAUAAAAUUUUGUUAAUGACCUUAAAUUAUUUGUUCUGACACAUUCCAAUUUUGUGUUAAUUAUGUUUUAAGAUUUAUAUUAUAUAUAAAUAUUAUAUUAUAUUAUAUAUAAUUAGUAAUAUAAAUUUUGUUUUGAAAUUAUGAAA